GGAAGAGGAAGAGGAGGAGGAGACAGUAGCGAAAGAAGGAAAGAAGGAAGAAAGGAAGGAAGGAAGGAAGGAGAUGCUGCGGAGGAAAAAUAUGUUCUUCAAUUCCUAUUUGGACAACCUGCCAAUCAUCCUCUUCAUCAUCAUCAUCGUCGUCCUCACCGUCACGUCAUGGACGAGCGCAGGCCAGUGGGAGGCAACUGCCAGAAGAAAUGCGGGUCCUUAGUACGUCACCAGCAGGACCAUGGCGAUUCAUUGGCCACUGAGAAAAGAGGGAUGCUUGCAAGGCUCCGCCUCCACUGCUAGAUGCUCAGCGUCCUCCUUCAAGCUUCUAUGGUUGCCAUGGAUCUUGUUUUGGCUGCUCUGGCCCAUCCGAGCUGAGCAAGUGGUCAGCGGCGGACAUGCGGGCAAAUCUCUCCACGAGUCCCCGCCCUCGUCCUCGUCCUCGUCCUCGUCCUCGUCCUCGUCUCCCUCCAGCUCGUCAGCAGGAUUCAGCGGCAGGCCCGGUGGGGGUCAGCUGGACUGGCUGCUGUCAGAAAAAGGACCUUUCCAGCGAUGCUCCGAGUACACCGAGUUCACUGAGAGGUUCCAGCAGGGAUUUUCUACCAGAUACAAGAUUUACAGGGAGUUCAGCCACUGGAAGGUGAACAGCUUGGCCACAGAAAAGCGAGACCUCUUCAAAGUGUCUUUACCUUUAGCACCAGAGUUCUUACGCAACCUGCGGUUGCUGGGACGACGGCCAACCUUACAGCUGAUCAACGAAAACCUCAUCAAGAAGUACGGGACUCACUUCCUGGCGUCGGCUACUUUAGGAGGGGAGGAGUCUCUGACCAUCUUCUUGGACAAACAGAAGCUGAGCAAGAAGUGGGAAGGCAACAACAACAACAACAACAACAGCAGCAGUAAUGUGGUUUCUCUGGAGCUGCUGCACCAGUUAGCUGCUUCCUACUUCACAGAUCGAGAAAGCACACUAAGGAGACUCCAUCACCUCCAGAUCGCCACUGCAGCUAUCAAGGUAACAGAGACAAGGACGGGCCCUCUCGGUUGCAGUAACUAUGACAGCUUGGACUCUGUUAGUUCAGUGUUGGUGCACAGUCCGGAAAACAAGAUCCACCUAAGAGGUUUGCAGGAUGUCCUACCAGAGUUCCUGCGAGGUCGCUUCGUGGAGGCGGCCCUGAGCUACGUGGCGUGUAACUCGGAGGGCGACUUCCUGUGUCGCAACAACGACUGCUGGUGUCGAUGCUCUCCUGGCUACCCACAAUGCAACUGUCCCUUGGCAGACAUCAGCGUCAUGGAGGACAACCUGCAGCAAAGCAAACACGCCUGGAACGCUUUCAACCAGGACUUCAUGGACUCAGAUGAAUUCAAAGCCUUCCUGAAGCGCUUGCCUGCCGACAGAUUCUUGAAUGUCUCCAUGAUGGCCAAAUACUGGUCCGCAGAUGUGUCCCUCCAGAAGCGCUAUGCCCAGCUCCGGUCCAGCGCGGCUUUGGUUCAGGCCAAGGCUCAGAAGAUGGUCAGGAAGUUGUUCACGCUCAGCAAACGAUGUCCCAAGCAACCUCGCGUCAGUCUGCCUCGGGAAAGGCCGCUUGCCUUUUGGUUGACUCAGGCUCAGGCGUCGCUCUACUGCAACGAGCAUGGAGUCCUGGGCUUCUUCUCGGAGCAAGUCCAGAGCUGCAGCUGUCCUGUGGACCAGCCCCCCUGUCAGGGUGUCAUUCCCUGCGUCGUCGGCACCUCUUCCGUCUCCUGUUCAACGUGUGCCGCCGACAACGCCACCCGCUGUGGAUCCUGCCACCACGGCAACCUCUUACACCUCGGGUCCUGUCGACCAAGCGUCGCCUCGUCCCUGGACCACUAUUUGAACCUGGAUCUGGACAUGCCGGAUGCUGAGGCAAAGUACCUGCUCCAGCAGCUGGACAGCAGGAUAGAGGUCCACGCCAUCUACAUCAGCAAUGAUGUACGCCUGGGAAGUUGGUUCAAUCCUGCCUGGAGAAAGAGGAUGCUGCUCACGCUCAAGAGUAAUAAAAACAAAUCCAAUCUCAUCCACAUGCUGAUGGCCAUUACUUUCCAGAUCUGCUCAACUAAGAACUCAACGUUGGAACCCGUGCCUGCAAUUUACGUGAACCCUUUUGGGGGGAGUCACUCGGAGAGUUGGUUCAUGCCAGUGAACCGGCCGGACUUCCCCGACUGGGAGAGAACUGGACUGGACUCUGCGACGGCUGCACAAUGCUACAACUGGACAUUGUCGCUGGGGAGCCGGUGGAAGUCCUUCUUUGAGACGGUCCACAUCUACCUGCGAAGCCGUAUCGUCACAGAUGAUCCAACAGUGAAUGAAACACUCUUCUACGAACCUUUGGACAUGGAGGAUCAGACAUCCAACCUGGGCUAUAUGAAGAUCAACACACUGAAAGUGUUUGGAUACAGCAUGCACUUUGACCCUGAGGGCAUCAAGGAUUUAAUCCUCCAGUUGGACUACCCAUAUACGCAAGGUACACAGGAAGCUGCCUUCCUGAUGUUGUUGGAGAUGAGGGAUCGCAUUAAUAGGUUAACGCCACCAGCACCUCAGUCGCUCGACCUUUUUUCUUGUCUGCUGCGGCAUCGACUCAAGUUGUCAGCUGGUGAGGUGGCACGCAUCAAGGAGGCCCUCCAGAUCUUUAACUCCAAGCUCCCAGAUGCCUCCCCUCAACCUGAGCUGGCCCAGCUGUGCAGCUAGCAAGCUAGCUUUGUGCUCAGGCUGAAAAGAGGUUCAAGGAUGUAUGGAUAAUCUUGACAUGGUCUACAGUCAACGUCUCUUGAGUGGCUUUCCUUUGGCGUUUGUAUCAAGACAACUGUUGACAAAUCGGUUGACUUCCAGACCAUGGGGCUGUGUUGACAUGCUGAACUCGCUGGAAGUAAACUUUUGUUAUAUCUGCCUUGCUUCUGGCAAAGUCAAUGACAGCAGGGGGACUCCUAGGAAACACUUAAGGCUUGCAAAGAGAAAAGUCAUUUUGAUAUGUAAGGUCCAACUCUUGAGGGACCAACACAAACAUAACAUAAGAACCUGUUUUUUUUUUUGCUUUCAAAACUAUCCCGAGAAUGAGUGAAGGGUGGAAAUAAGUCAAUGUGCAUUGGAUGAUGUCAUGUUAUGCUUUGCCGUUCCAAUUGUUUACCUUUUUCCCCACCAACAUCAUCACUAAGAACUAAGAACCUUUUUACCCGGGUAAAAGAAGUCCUGUAAUCUGUGUGCUUUGCACUUCCACUGCCACUCAAAGUCUUUCUUUUUUUAAUCUAGGGGUCAUUUAUUCAAAUCCUGCUGAUGGGGAGUGUAACAUGGUUACAUAGGAUGAGGGUCUGGUGAGUCCAUUUAGAUGUCAAUAACAACAAUUAAAGAAUGAAUGUCUUGACAACACA